AUGGGAAAAACGCCGUGUUGCUCAAAUGUAGGAAUGAAGAAAGGGUUUUGGACACCAGAAGAAGAUCUUCGCUUGAUAAAAUGUAUUCAAAACCAUGGAGAAGGGAAUUGGCGAACGAUCCCUUUGAAAGCAGGGUUGCUGCGUUGUGGAAAGGCGUGCAGGCUGCGUUGGAUGAAUUAUCUUCGUCCUGACAUUAAGCGUGGCCAUAUUUCAGCAGAUGAAGAGGACUUGAUCUUAAGACUUCACAAGUUAGUUGGAAAUAGGUGGUCGUUGAUAGCAGGCCGCAUUCCUGGUAGAACGGACAAUGAGAUUAAAAAUCACUGGAACUCUCAUUUGAGCAAAAGGGUUGAGGCACUCAAACUCCCAAGCUCUCAGGGUAUUAAUAAUGGUUUUCCAAUUUCUCAAAUUGAAGAAGUUUACAAUGCGAGAGCAUACGCUUCCCAAGGCUCUGUAGAGCCCAUGCAGAAUUUCAAGCAAAUAAGUGAUGGUUACAAUUUCAGCAAUGUCUUCAACAUUGUAGGUGGUGCGCCAUGCUCUUACGGGGAUCGCCCGUCUUCUUCGAUGACCAUGCCGUGUAACUUCCUACCACAAUUCAUUUCUACGACGGGGACUUCAGCAGGGUAUGAGAACAAAAAAGAGAACAUCAACAUUGCUGAGAGCUAUAUGCAAUUACGCAGCACAAUGUUAAGAGCAGAGUGUGACAUUCAAAUUCCUUUAUGCGGAGAUGAAAUCAAAGAUGCUUUCACAGUUGACUAUGAUAACGCAGUAGAACCCAUGCAAAAUUUCAAGCAAAUAAGUGAUGGUUAUGAUGCUCGCACCGCCAUUAAUGAUUUCAGCACUUUCUCCAACAAUGUGGGUGGUGGGCCAUGGUGUUUCAGGAAUCAUCCAUCUUCUUCAUUUGGAGAGGAAAUCGAUGAUGCUUUCAAAGUCGACUACGAUAACAUGGCAGAAGCACAGAAUGGAAAAAAUAUGGCUGAUAAUUCAAGUGUAAUCACUGCAGAAUGUUGGGAACCCUUCUCUGCUUCGUCUGAUUGGUUGGAUGCACCGAAUGAUUACAUUCUUUCUGUUGAAGACUAUUGGUAG